AUGGAUUCAUUGGCUGCUAAUCACACUUCUACUCUGGUUGUCCAUUCAUCAACGCCUGUUGUGCCUCCAGUUGUCACAUCAGGUGUAGACGUUGGAUCCGGACCCAGUCUCGCGUACUGUCGCAAGGACGGCCUACCUUCAUCUGGAAAUUUAAAGAGAGCCAGUUUAUCUAUAAGUGCUUCAUCAGCCAUUCAAUCCGACUUGCGCGAUCCCAUCUCCCGCUCAACCCAUCUAUCCCCAUCCCAUUCUUGCUCUCCUAAGUCGCCUCCCUUUUCUAUACUUCCCGUGCCAUCUGCAUCCGUGGUUGCUGAAUCGGGAUCCUUGAACGGCGGGGAAACGAUCGCGCCCUCCGACGCUUUAGUCGUCGCUACUGCUGCUGCUGCUCUGAACGACGAGCCAAUGGAGCUACCUCUCGUUGAUACUGUGUCACCCGCACCUGCCGACACGCGUCCGACGAUGGCUGAGCUGUUGCAAAGUCAAGAGGUUAUUCGUCGCGAUAAAGCCGUGAUCGACGCCUUACGCAAUCGCAUCGAGACACCUAAGCCGCUCGCGCGUGACAUCGAAUCGAUCGAGCGCCAGUAUGCUGCCGGGCGUGACUGGUCGUUUGUCUCUUCUCGCAUAGAUCAAGCGCGGCCUUAUGAGUUGCCCCGCAAACGCUAUGAUAUGGUGAUUGACACGGGACGCACCUUCGCAAAGACACCACUGCAGAAGAUCAUGUCAUCGCUGACUGGUUCACACCACGGCAACGACGCGCUUGAGAAACUGUAUGGCGAUCACGCGAUUGAUCAAGUGUCGAAACUCCCCGGUGGCAAUCUUCGCGUCAAGAUGAAGACCAACGAAGCUUGCUUAUAG